CGGGCGGGCGGCCGCGGGCUGGGGCUCGAGCACAGGCGAGGCGAGGCCUGGCGCCGCCGCCUCCUCAUCCUCACCAUCACCAUCAUCAUCAUCAUCAGCCCCGCACACCGCGCCGUGCCGUGUGUGUCUCUCACUCCCUCACCGGCACCACCCUCGCCAUGGCGUCCGACACCAGCGACGCCGAGGAAUUCUACGAUGCGGCCGAGGAGGUCAACAGCGGCCCGUCCCCCGCGGCGUCCCCAGCAAAGAUCAUUAUCUCGACCAAGGAGCAAAUAGACAAUGAAGCACAUCGGGACUUUUCAUUUGGACAGGAUCAUAAAGAUGAGGUUGCUGACCAAGCGGAGGAAGAGGAGCAGCAGAAAGGCAAGUUGAAAAGUGCAUCCUCAGAAACUAGUGGAGAGGACAGCAGCGUAAAGUCGGUUGGAGUUACAUUGACUGUUUUAGCUGAAGCUGAUCUGCUCAGCAAUAUUUCGGGGCUCUUGAACGUUGAUCAGCAAUUGUGUGCAAAGCCAAAGAGUUUGACAGAGCAAAGCAGCUCGGAUGUAAAGCCUGAGAAGCCAGAGGUUCUGUCAGAGACGCAGACAACUCUGCCAUCUUCACAAACUAUCUCAGCAGUGACGUUUAAUAAUGGAGAUACAACAUCAACAAAAGUUAGUACACCAUGUCCAGAGAACUCCUCGACGGACUGCAAUUCAUCUUCUCAACAGCCGUCAGAUAAAAGAGAGGAGGACAAAGGGGACAUUUUGGAGCAUAAUUCAGAAGAUCGUUUUGCCCUGGAUGAUGAGUUUGCAGCUGAACAGUUGCAGCGCCCCAAACUACCACGGCAAAUGAGCGCGGAACCGGACAUUGUGGCCAGCACCAAGAAACCCAUUCCCAUCCGACCUCCGCCACCAGGGUCAAGCAUUCCUCCUCCACGACCCCCACCACCUGUACGACCCGCACCUCCUCCUCGCAAGAAGAAGAGUGAAACAGCCUUAGAUGUGCACAACCCUUUGGGCAUAGAAGGUCCUCUAGAUCCUGAGGCAUCCAUUGGUCUGGUGAGUCCCACAUCGGCCAUCGAGAAUUUGACCAAAGAACUACAACAUUCUCUGGAUCUUGCUAGCGCGACCAGUGGAGACAAGGUUGUUACUGCACAGGAGAAUGGGAAGGGAGAAUCGGCAUCGGAUAAUCCAGAAGCUGAGGAGAUUGGACCACAAAGACCCCGGUCAAACUCAGGGCGGGAGCUGACUGACGAGGAAAUUCUGGCGAGUGUGAUGGUGAAGAACCUGGAUACUGGGGAAGAGAUCCCGCUCAAUAUGGCCGAGGAGAAACUCCCCAAAGGCCUCAAUCCACUGACGUUACAUAUAAUGCGACGGACCAAGGAGUAUGUGAGUAAUGAUGCUGCACAGUCAGACGAUGAAGAAAAGAUUCAUCCCACACAGACUGAACCCGACGGCCACAAAAUCAAACAGAAAACCAAUCAAUUAAAGAAAUUUUUGGGGAAAUCGGUGAAGAGAGCCAAGCAUCUUGCAGAAGAAUACGGUGAGAAAGCUGUCAAUAAAGUCAAGAGUGUUCGUGAUGAAGUGUUCCACAUGGAUCAAGAUGAUGCCUCUUCCAGUGACGAUGAGGGAAUGCCGUACACCAGACCUUGCAAGUUUAAAGCAGCGCACAGCUUCAAAGGGCCGUUUGACUUUGAUCAGAUUAAAAUGGUCCAGGAUCUAAGCGGGGAACACAUGGUAAGUUGUGAUAUAAGGGUGCGUCAUGCGUGCCCACAUCACUGCGUGUCCACAUGCGUGCCCACAUCACUGCGUGUCCACAUCACUGCCGGAGUCUCUUUUCCCGAGCCAUACAGCGUGGAAACAGGCACAUCAGCCCAACCUGCCCACGUCGACCAACAUGCUCCAUCUACACUAGUCCCACCUGCCUGUGUUGUCUGGAUGCCCUCAGGAAGCAUGUGGACAUGGUUGUUCGCCUACCUGCUGAAGCAAGCGGCUGGCCUCGAAGACCACUUGCCCCAACAAUAUGGGAAUUUAAAGAAUGCGUGGGACUACUUCAAGAACAUGAGAAUAAAAUACAACACGGAAGGUCGCGUGUCUCCAUCACCGUCACAAGAAAGCUUGAGUUCUUCAAAGUCCGACACCGACACGGCCUACAGCGGGACUGAAGAUUCUGAUCCUGAAGACAAAAAUGCACCGUUCAGGCAGCGGCCGUUCUGCAAAUACAAGGGACAUACGGCUGAUCUUCUGGACCUGUCCUGGUCAAAGAACUACUUUCUGCUGUCGUCUUCCAUGGACAAAACCGUGCGUUUGUGGCACAUUUCCAGGAGGGAAUGUCUGUGUUGUUUCCAGCACAUCGACUUUGUCACCGCUAUAGCCUUCCACCCACGGGAUGACAGGUACUUCCUCAGUGGAUCUCUGGAUGGGAAACUGCGUCUGUGGAACAUCCCUGACAAGAAGGUGGCUCUGUGGAAUGAGAUCGACGGACAGACAAAGCUGAUCACAGCAGCAAACUUCUGCCAGAACGGCAAAUACGCCGUGAUCGGCACGUACGACGGCCGAUGCAUCUUCUACGACACCGAGCACUUGAAAUACCACACACAGAUACAUGUCCGCUCAACGAGAGGCAGAAACCGAGUUGGCAGGAAAAUCACUGGCAUCGAGCCCUUGCCUGGUGAAAAUAAGAUCCUUGUGACCUCCAAUGAUUCCAGAAUUCGACUGUACGAUCUUCGCGAUUUAUCCAUUUCAAUGAAAUAUAAAGGGUACAUGAACAGCAGCAGCCAAAUCAAAGCAAGUUUCAGUCAUGAUUACACGUAUAUAAUGAGUGGAUCAGAAGAUAGUUACUUUUAUAUUUGGAGCACUUACCAUGAUGUCAGCAAGUUUACAUCGGUUCGCAGAGAUCGGAAUGACUUCUGGGAAGGAAUUAAAGCCCAUAAUGCAGUUGUAACUUCAGCAAUCUUUGCACCAAAUCCCAGCCUGAUGCUGUCCGAUAGCCCACAGGCAGAGAAAGCAGAGGGCGAUGGCUUAAGUAUUAAUACAGAUAAUAUACCUUCUGGUGCGUUGAAAGCGGACAUCACUGAAGUAUUAUUAUCAGCUGACUUCACUGGUGCCAUCAAAGUCUUCAUGAAUAAGAAGAAGAAGAUCAACUAACUUCUCUUUGGCUUUGUAUUGAAAGUAAACUCUGGAAUAUUAUGUUCAAUUUCAAACUCUUGGCUUGUUAUUUAGAUGAGAGCAGAAACCGAGGCAUUACAGUGAGCAGCUCACCCACUGCUCUGGCCCUCGGUAGUUAGCGUGGAGUUGGCUUGGUGGAGGAGAUGUGUCCCGGUGGUAAGUUGCUGGUUACUGAUUAGGAAUCUCCAGGAAGACUUGUAAAUACCUUUACGUACGGGACUUGGCCGGAAGUCCGAGUUGUCCACAAUACAGUCAUGUUUGUGUUUAGGGUUUGUAUGUCUGUGCAAGUUCUGCUCUGGGAAUUGGGUCUUCAGUCUUCAGCUUCAAAGAAUAGAAAUGUAGUCCCAAGGUCAUAGUGCGGCUUGGAAGCUGGUUUAAACAUAGCUCUGGUGGACUUGUGCAAAGUGUAUUGAGAACAAAUUACUUUACUAAUGAAUGCUGUGUAAUGAAGUUCAUUUUAGUUUGUGGCUGAACGCGUUCAACGGAAAUUAUUAAGUGUAUGCUGUUCACUAGAAAUAGGUGUUCUGUUUUAAAACUGAUGCCACCACUGUGGAAAGUGUAACUUUAGUUCCGUGGUUGCAUCCACAGAGGGGGGAACAACUUGUUGUGAGACGGGUUGCUUCGCAGAAUGCAAAGCCACAGACAGCCCAGUCACACAAAGCCUCCUUCACGUUCCGUUCCUCUUCUACGCCACUCUACCGCACCGCCUCAUGGUCCUGUGUUGACGGCCAAUUUUAUUUUAUUGGAACUGGGCAGAAUGAAUGUUUGGCCAGUCUUUUACUGCGUUGUGUUAUAUUGAGAGAAUUUAUGUUCAGUGUGUACAAAAGAAUGUCUUGAAAUUGAAUUUUUUUUUUUUUUGUGGUGGAGAAAAUGUAUCAUUGCACCACGUGGCUCUUGAAGGGGAAAGGCCAGUGUAUAUACCAAUGAAAUAACAUUUCUGGCUUGCUGCAGUUGGCAAAUGUUAUUGAUGGUGUAGCAGGUUUGAAGUAACGUGUGAAUAAAGGAUGCUCCAGCAAA